AUGGCUGGCUACAGCCGCUUCGGCUUCCUGGCCGUUGCGGUCGUCUUCCACCUGGUCUACAUCCUCUCCAUCUUCGACAUCUACUUUGUCAGUCCCAUCGUCUCGGGCAUGCAACUCUUUGGCGUCCAGCGGCCCGAAGCUUCCAAGGCGCCUGCAGAUCGAUUGGUCCUCUUUGUCGGCGACGGGCUCCGUGCCGACAAGGCCUUUCAAUCCUUCCCCGAACCAUACCCCGAGUCCGAGGAAGACCUAGUCCCUCGCCCGCUCGCGCCCUUCCUCCGCUCCCGAAUUCUUGAUCACGGAACCUUCGGCGUCUCUCACACCCGUGUCCCCACCGAAUCGCGGCCCGGACAUGUCGCCCUCAUCGCCGGCCUCUACGAGGACGUCUCGGCCGUCGCCACGGGUUGGAAGCUCAACCCGGUCAACUUUGACAGCGUCUUCAAUCGCAGCCGGCAUACCUGGAGCUGGGGUAGCCCAGAUAUCUUACCCAUGUUCGAGCACGGUGCCGUCCCCGGUCGAGUCGAGGCCUUCAUGUAUGACUCUGAGUUCGAGGAUUUCUCCAAGGAUGCGACUCAUCUGGACUAUUGGGUCUUCGAUCAUGUCAAGGAGCUCUUCGCCGAGGCCGCUACCAACGCAACACUCAAUGCUGCUCUGCGCCAAGACAAAAUUGUCUUCUUCCUUCACCUCCUAGGCAUCGAUACAACCGGCCACGGCUACCGACCCUACUCCAAGGAGUACCUGCACAAUAUCAAGGUGGUGGAUCAGGGUGUCAAGGAGGUGACGGACCUCAUCCAGAAGUUCUACUCCGAUGACCGCACCGCUUUCGUUUUCACUGCCGACCACGGCAUGAGCGAUUGGGGCAGUCACGGCGACGGCCAUCCUGAUAACACUAGGACCCCGCUCAUUUCCUGGGGGUCUGGCGUCGCAACCCCUGAGCUGUAUACUGACUCCAUCGCUCCUGGCCACGACCAAUACUCCUCAGACUGGGGUUUGGAUCACGUCCGGAGGCAUGAUGUAUCCCAGGCUGAUGUCGCCGCACUCAUGGCAUACCUGAUUGGCACCGAGUUUCCUGCCAAUUGCGUUGGUCAGCUCCCACUGACAUUCCUGUCUGCGGAUACCCGAGAGAAAGCCGAGGCAUCGUUGGUUAACGCCCAGGUCAUUCUCGAAAUGUAUAGGGUCAAGGAAGAGAAGAAGAAGGCGACAGAGCUCCAAUACAGGCCGUACGAGCCCCUGAGCGAGCACGCCCUUACCCCAGAGCAGCACAUUGCACACAUCCGUACUUUAGUGGACUCGGGUCGGUAUGAGGAGGCCAUUGAAGAGUCUAAUGCGCUGAUCGUGAUUGGGCUGCAAGGGCUUCGCUAUCUCCAGACCUACGACUGGUUAUUCUUGAGAGCUCUGAUCACUGUUGGCUACCUCGGUUGGAUGGCAUAUGCCGUCACCACCGUCCUCAACCUGUAUGUUGUCCAGGAAAGCAUCCCUCCCCAGCGUACCAUCCUAGGAACCAUGUUCUUCUCCUCUGUGCUCAUAGCGCUGUACGCCUCCUUCAUCGUCUCCAAGUCGCCCCCGCAAUACUAUGCUUACGCCUUCUUCCCGGCCAUGUUUUGGGAAGAGGUCUAUGCGCGCAGGGGGACCCUCGCCCAGGGCCGAAAGGCUCUCUUCGGGCACAUCCAAUCUGGAGGCGCCGUAGCGACUCUCGUUAUCAACAUCACUCUCUAUGUUGGUGUAAUCCAAUCUUUGGCCAUUGGAUACAUCCACCGCGAGAUUUUGACUGGUUUGUACAUCUUGGGCGCAUUCUGGCCCAUUCUCAACGGAAUAUCCUUCCUUCGAUCGCAUUUACUCCUAAGCCUGACCUGGUUCGUGUCCUGCUUGGCGAUGAGCACUUUCACACUUCUCCCUGCGAUGAAGGUUGAGAGCAUACCUCUCAUUUUGGUCGGUGGCGCACUCAUGAUCGUUGUUGGUCUUGCGUACUUGAUAUUUGAAGACUACGUCCUGUCCGACUUUUCGUCGCCCAAGGCCAAGAAAGAUCGCCUUCAUACCAGCAGAGCUCUUCUUGGUGCACAGAUUGGAUUGACUAUUCUCUCGAUGGUGGUUACCCAGACCACGGCUAUGUCGCUCCAGGCCAAGCAAGGAUUGCCGCGUGGCAAUCAGAUUGUAGGAUGGAUCGUCCUAGUUGUUUCCCUGCUAAUGCCGCUGAUGUAUCGACUGCAACCCAACAAGCACUAUAUGCAUCGCCUGGUCGUCAUGUUCCUGACCUGCGCUCCCACUUUUGUCAUUUUGACCAUCUCUUAUGAGAGUCUCUUCUAUGUCGCAUUCAGCAUUACGCUCCUCACGUGGGUGCGUCUUGAGUACAGUGUUGCAGCUAUGCAACCAAAGGAAACGAAGGUUGUGCCGGGGACAUUUCGACCACUCCAAUUGUCUGAUGCGCGCGUGGCACUCUUUUUUCUGGUAUUAUUCCAGUCGGCAUUUUUUAGCACUGGCAACGUGGCUUCAAUAUCGUCGUUCAGCCUGGACAGCGUUAACCGGUUGAUUCCUGUGUUUGACCCCUUCUCACAGGGAGCGCUCCUUAUCCUGAAGUUGAUGAUUCCGUUUGCGCUCAUCUCGGCGAACCUGGGAGUGCUGAACAAGAUGCUGGGAGUAGCACCGUCGGCAUUGUUCAUGGUGGUGCUAGCGGAGACGGAUAUUUUGACGCUGUACUUCUUCUGGGUGGUUAAGGACGAGGGAUCGUGGCUGGAGAUUGGCUCCACCAUCAGUCACUUCGCCAUUGCCAGCUUACUUUGCGUCUUCGUUGCGACUCUCGAGCUGGUGAGUGCCUUUUUCAUUGCUGGCAUCGAAGUAGAAGAUGUGCGAGGUGAAAAGAAGGCCAAUGGAGGGCCAGUGGCCGAACAUGUCACGGUGAAGGCCAAUGGCAAGGCGGCAAACAAAAACUAG